AUGGUGCCGGCCACGGGAGGCAUUGGGCUGGCGCUGGCUGGUGAGGCGCUGCGCCGUGGCCCCACCCGCCUCACCCUUGUCGCACGCGACGUCACCCGUCUGGCGGAGGCGCGUGCCGCCCUGAUCGAAUCCCACGGCACCGCCUGCGACCUGCGCACCAUCUCCCUUGACAUUACUGCCCCCUAUGAGGAGAUUAGGCAGAGUCUGGUGGUCACCCACGAUGUUGGCACGGUAGACGUGCUCAUCAAUUGUGCGGGUGCAGCUGUGGCGCAGACCUUCGAGGCGAGCCCACCGGAGGUCUUUGAUCGUCUAAUGCGACUGAACUACUUGGGUGCGGUGCAUGUGACCAAGGCCCUUCUGCCUGCCAUGCUCUCACCAGAUGACGUAGAGAAGGGAGACAAGCGGGGCGUUUCACAGCGCCGAAUCGUUUUUGUCUCUUCCCUCGCCAGCCUCGUGCCCAUCUACGGCUUCGCUGCUUACGCCGCUGCCAAAGCUGCUAUCACCACGUUCGCGGACAUUUUGCAACAGGAGUUGGAGGAUAUGGGACCCGCUGUCACGAUCAUCUUUCCACCGGACACGGAUACUCCUGGUCUACUGGCGGAAAACGUGGGUAAGCCAGCAACUACGCGAGCAAUAUCGGAGGCGGGUGGACUGGAGUCACCGGCGUCGGUGGCAGCGAGCGCGAUGCAUGACGUGCUGUUGGGCCGUAGGCGCUCCCUCCUCGGUGCUACGGGGCGUGCGCUCUCGUGGGCCACUGCGGGCGUCAGCCGGGCUCAGCAAGACUGCCCGCUGCCUCUCCCAUCUCCCUUUAUUGCUGUGCUCGAGGUCUUCCUUGCGCCUCUCUUCAAGAUCGCUCUCUUGGGCUUCGCCUAUUGGUGCCGUGCCUAUUUAGUACAAUCUGGCUUUCAUCCCUGUUGUAUGGAACCAGCAGCUGGAACGCCUGAGUUUAUUGAAAAACUGCUAGGCAGAGAGUUUCUUGAUCCAGAACCCUUUGUCGACUACAAACUUGGCGAGGAGGUGAAUGGGUUCAAUUUGGAGAAUGAGGGUUUCCAAAAGCCCAUUGUUAUCUCGAAUAAAGACGGUUUGCGUAUGAAAGUUCCUCCCUCAAACUUUACCCUUCACGAUGUGGUUAAUCUCACUGAUCCCAAAAUCCCCAUUGACGUCAUCGAUGUAGCACUUCAGUCGGAUAUGCGAUUAUCUCUGGGGGAGUUUGUGGAGCAAUUUUACUCGAAGCCGCGCGACCGAAUUCUCAACGUACUCAGUUUUGAGUAUUCCCGGACUAAGCUGGGUAGAUGCACUCGGCCACCGCAUGUGGUGAAGGAGUUGAGUUUGGUGGACAACUGCUGGCCAGAACCCUCGGACGAGGACGAGGAACUUAGUAGUCCUACUUCGUCUGCAAAGCCGCAUGUCAAAAAGUAUUGCCUCAUGAGCAUGGCCGGCUCCUACACUGACUUUCACAUCGAUUUCGGUGGCUCUUCCGUCUGGUAUCACGUCCUCUGGGGUGAGAAAAUAUUCUACGUGACACCACCGCGCAGACCUUACUUGGAGGCUUAUUGGAGUUGGAACGGCCUUUUCGAUAACCGCCACGUUUUCUACCCGGAUACACGUGAACCACAAAUACCUGUGGCGCGGCUUCACUUGAAAGCUGGCGAGACAGUUCUUCUCCCUUCCGGCUGGAUUCAUGCUGUUUACACACCGGUGGACAGCCUUGUAUUUGGCGGCAAUUUCCUCACUCUAUUCAGCAUUCCUCUUCAACUUCAUGUCUACCGCAUGGAAGUGAGCCAAGAGACGGAGGAGCGCUUUCUUUUUCCCUGCUUUGAAAAACUUCACUGGUACGCUGCUGAUGUUAUUCUCGGCAGACUAACCAAUUAUUUGUAUGCCGGUCAGGAGCCCCCGGCAUAUCUUCUAAAGGCCGCGCACGCUCUCGUCGCACCACUACGUCAGUGGUAUGAAUUAAGGAAGGGCCUGCCAAAGGGCGAGCGAAACUAUCACCUCCCCCCUAGGACCUACUUGCAAUACGCCUAUUCCACUCUUAUAACCAGGCUGGAGGAUUUGGUUCAGUCAUUCCUAUUGAAACCGUCCCCUGACCAAGAGAAAAGAGGCCGACGUUCUAUGCGCAUUACCUCCAGACAGAGAUCUCCAUCUGCGGACGACCAAAGUGAAUCCACCGACCCACAAGUUUCUGACUCAGGCACCGUGCGAUACGGCGCUUUGUCCUACAAGCGAGGUCGUGAAGUCGAAGACGAGGAAGAAAGCGUUAUGGACGAAGUGCUUGAUGCAGUACCUGAACUUCGAAGUAGUAGACUUGUUGACGACCACUACAUUUUUCCCAUCUCCGCCGAGUUGGAGCAGACUGGGCCUAAGGGGAGGGCGUCGAGGCGAAGGAGAAGGGCCGCCAAAAUUGCUCAAAAAGCUGAGGAUCCUGACCCCACAUGGUGUGCUUCGACCACUCGAAGGGGCAAGACUACGGUACGGCAGCGCCUGGCCAAGCGCCUCGGUUUGUGA